GCUUUUGUUCCCACUCGCUGAGGCUAGACUCACUCAUUGUUCUAGCUAUCAGGUUAUGACCCCUGAGCUCAAGUAGCUCACUUAAUCAGAUUAGAACUCGAACUCGAAAAACGCUCAUCUUCUGGCUUAUUUCAAAUCAACUACUCACUCCGUCAAAAAUGGGGAAAUUCGAUCAUAUCAUUGAACUUCUUGGUGCAGACACCUACCCUAGUUGGCGAAGAUCAGUCAAACUCGCACUUGCGAGUGAGGGUCUUUGGAACCACUGCAGCAGUGGGACCGACCCGAACGACAUUGCCGAGUUCGCGAGCGUUAUGCCCAAACCCGCAAUCGCAGGUAGUUCAACCUCGGACGAAUUAAAGCUGAUGAAGGAAUGGAUAAAAGAGGACGCACAGACAAAGGUCAUCAUCUACCGGAAGUUGUCUGCCGUCGUGCAGAACAUGCUCGACGAAGCGCUCACCGCACGAGAACAGUGGGACAUGCUAGCAAAGAGAUUCGCGCGCCUUGAUGCGAACUGCCAAUUUGAGUUACGUACUCAACUCUUUGCGGAGAAGCUCAAGAACCCCGAUGACGCCGCAAGAUAUCUCGAAGUAUUCGAGAAUGGUCGUCGACGAUUCGCAGAGAUGCAAAUCAUGUUCACCGAUGAAGAAUUCAUCUGGAUGUUACUUCAUGGACUCCCGGAUACUCCGCAAUGGGCGAUGUAUCGCAGUCUCACCAUCAGAAUGAUCGACUCGUCGAAUGUUAAUGCACUCACCGGUUCUACCACAUCCUCAGUCACGUCGAAGGUGUUGUUUGAACAUGUCGCCACAUCAUUCAUCCACGAGGCGAAUCGACAACACAGGCAGCUCAAAUUAGCUGGACCACGCUCUGAAUACACAAACUCCAUUAAUACUACGCCUUCGUGAUUCGAGAGGAAAACGCAUGCAGCUACGGGUGUACGUAUACACAAGCACAACCCU